GCAAAAAGAAAGAGAAGCUGCGUUCAACACAAUGGAUGAGCUGGAGAUGCUGCUGCACAAGGCCAAAGAACCGUCAGCAGAUGAGCACUCCACAACCAAGGACAUACAAACACAACCAGAACCAGCCAGUGCAACUGCGGCUGAUGAGGGCCAAAGUGGGGUGGAUGCGGAGAGUAAGACGACCCGGACGAGAGAGCGCUCUGGGAGUACAGACCGUAGGCGGGAACGGCGACGAUCACGAUCACGAUCACGCAGCACAGACAGGACCAGGGACAAGGGCAGGGGUAGAGAUAGAGGAAGCGACAGUACAAGGAGUAGUCAUAGAGAUCGGGAUGGCACCAGAGACAGAGAUCGAGACGCACCCAGGCGGAGUGAUAGGAGCCACUCGCGCGAGCGUGAACGUGGGCGAGAAAGGGGCCGCAGGAGAGAGGAGCGUGAUGCCCGGGAUAGGCAUAGGGACAGAGCUGACGAUAAGCAUGGGGACAGGCAGAAGCGCUCGAGGUGGAGCAACCGCAGUAGGAGCCGUAGUCCGGGUGCGAAAGCCCCGUUUAGCAGCUUGGAUGCAGAGCCUGUGAUCGACAAGGUGUACGACGGCCAGGUUGGCAAAAUGACGGACUUUGGAGCGUUUGUGUCUUUGGUUGGAGUUCAGGGCAAGCGCGAUGGUCUGGUACACGUAUCCCAAAUAAGGAAAGAAGGGCGGGUGAACACCCCCAAGGACGUGCUGAGUCUUGGCCAGCGCGUUAAGGUCAAAGUCAUGAGCAUAUCUGGCAGCCGCGUAUCUCUGACCAUGAAAAACAUCGACCAGACCACUGGGGUCGACAUGGCCCCCGAAGUUCGGGGAAACAACAACAGCCAACCAGAAGCAAGACCCUCUUUUCUGACCGGGGCUAAUGCUGUGUUGGGGGGGGGCACUAAUCCUGACCGGCCCAGUGUUUUGGACCAGAUAGGUGUUGCGCCGUUGCCCGAGGGAUAUAAUGAGGCGGAUUCGAAGUCCGCCAGGAGGAAGCGACUGACAUCUCCCGAGCGUUGGGAGAUUAAACAGCUGAUAGCCGCCGGGGUGAUGGACCCCUCGGACUUGCCCGAGUACGAUGAGACUACGGGUGUGCUCGAUACCGUAGACGCCACCCUGGAGGAGGAAGUGGAGAUUGAGAUGAAUGAGGUGGAGCCUGCCUUUCUGUCGGGGCAGACGCGCAUUUCCGCGGCCAAUAUGUCACCUAUCAAAGUGGUCAAAAACCCCGACGGAUCACUGCAACGCGCAGCCAUGACACAGACAGCCCUGGCCAAAGAAAGACGCGACCUCAGGGAGGCCCAGAAGGUGGCCGAAGAAGAUGUUCUAGUGAAAGACCUCAGUAAGCCGUGGGAGGAUCCGUCGGCGCAGAUGGGUGACCGACAACUGGCUAUGCAGGUCAAAGGCAGUAUGGGAGGGCCGGCGGAGAUGCCUGAGUGGAAAAAGAGUGUCAUAGGCAAAAACCCAACCUACGGUAAGGUUACGUCCAUGAACAUCGUGGAGCAACGCAAGUCCUUGCCUAUCUAUGGGCUGCGAGACCAGCUGUUGCAGGCGAUUGACGAGAAUCAGGUGAUGGUGGUUAUUGGUGAGACAGGGAGUGGGAAAACAACGCAGAUGACGCAGUACAUGAUGGAGAAUGGCUACGGCAUCAAUGGCAAGAUCGCAUGCACACAGCCUCGACGAGUGGCGGCCAUGAGUGUGGCCAAGCGUGUCAGUGAGGAGGUUGGAUGCCGACUGGGCACAGAUGUUGGCUACACCAUUCGUUUCGAGGACUGCUCGUCACCGGAGACCAAAAUCAAAUACAUGACCGAUGGUAUGCUGUUGCGCGAGAUUCUCAUCGACCCCAAACUCACUCAGUAUGCGGCUGUGAUGAUUGACGAGGCCCACGAACGUACUAUCCACACCGACGUAUUGUUUGGUCUACUGAAGAAAUUGGUGAAACGAAGGCCAGACAUGAAGCUCAUUGUGACGUCGGCCACACUAGACGCCGAGAAGUUCUCCAAUUACUUCUUCGAAUGUCCCAUCUUCACCAUUCCUGGACGGACCUUCCCGGUAGAGAUUCUGUACACAAGAGAACCAGAGACCGACUACUUGGAUGCUGCGCUGAUCACGGUCAUGCAGAUCCAUCUCAACGAACCCCCCGGCGACAUCCUGCUGUUCCUCACGGGACAAGAAGAAAUUGACACCUCGUGUGAGAUUCUGUUCGAGCGCAUGCAAGCCCUGGGCAACCGUGUGCCGCAGUUGAUGAUCUUGCCCGUGUACUCAGCCCUGCCCUCAGAGAUGCAGACGCGUAUCUUCGACCCGGCCCCUCCUGGCGCCAGAAAGGUUAUUUUGGCCACAAAUAUUGCCGAGACAUCGCUGACUAUUGACGGCAUUUACUAUGUGGUGGACCCAGGGUUUGUCAAGCAGAACGUCUACAAUGCACAGAGUGGGGUGGAUGCUCUUGUGGUCACACCCAUCUCACAGGCUCAGGCCCGCCAACGAGCCGGUAGAGCUGGGCGCACUGGGCCAGGGAAGUGCUACCGUUUAUACACAGAGCCUGCAUACAGGAAUGAGAUGUUGCCCACAAACGUACCCGAGAUACAGCGCACCAAUCUGUGCUCAACUGUGUUAUCGCUCAAGGCUAUGGGCAUCAAUGAUCUGCUUGCAUUUGACUUUAUGGAUCCGCCCCCGCCGGCAACUUUGAUCUCGGCAAUGGAGAUCCUGCACGCUCUAUCGGCCCUCGAUGACGAAGGACUGCUGACCCGACUGGGCCGCAAAAUGGCUGAGUUCCCGUUGGACCCACCUUUGGCGAAGAUCCUAAUCCAGAGUGUAUGUGUGUGUGAGUACGUGAAGAUCCUAAUCCAGAGUGUAUGUGUGUGA